AUGGCUUCCCUCAGAAACUUCGAACGCGCCAAUGCUCGACGAUGGGAUGAGGAGUCUAAUGCGGACGACCCCGUAGCAGAUCCUGCAGUAGAUCCUACAACAGAUCGGUCGGAAAGCCAGCAGACGGCUGUUCAGCACACCGUGGUCACUCCUUCCUCCUUCCCUAACAAGCAGGUCCCUCUAGGCCAACAAUUCCCAAGACCAGGCAACCAACAUCCCUCGUUUCAGAGAAAUCAGCACCCCUUUGGUCCAGGUAGUCGAUCUGCGCCACCCGCUCGUCAUAAUGUCGAAAAGCAGCAGCGGUUUCCCAAGUCAUCAGCAUUGGAAACCACCAGGAAGACAUUGACCAAGCAAAUCAAUGCGGAGCAGAAAGCAACAGAAGGGAGAUAUUUGGUGGAUCCGGCGGAGGAUGCUUAUAUUGUAGCAACAGGCUGUUAUCUCUGGCCAGAUAAAUCUCAAACUCCAAUGCAACUUCUUGGUUUGAGGAUGGAAGAUCUAGACCACAUCAGAAAAGAGUUCAACUUGUAUAUUCAAUGGGACGCCGACUCGCGGUCUGUGAUUAUCAGUUCUGAACGUCAGCCGAAUGCCAAAUAUAACGUUUCCGAGGCAAUCAAAGGUAUUAGACAAGCAUACCAAAACGUUAAGGCAAGGAGUCUCUCAGUUACGCCACUUUUCAUUGUGGUUUCACCAGCUAGAGAAACCAUGCGACAGAUAGUUCGACCAACCAGGUACCGCGAAGGGCUCACAAUUAUUGAAUUGGCUGGGGACAAGCUAUCAGGCUGGGAUUUGCUGAAUUGGGAGUCGACAAGAGAAGCAAGAGAAGAGGAAAACUAUACUAAGGUUCAUAACCAUCUUGCAAAGCAUCUUCUAGCUCUCGCACCUCUGAAAGGUUGGAUGCGUAUGCGGGUCCACUUCGGACAUCUCAACCUAACUCAAUAUCCAAAAGCUUUCGGUCAGUCCCAAUGCUCCUUUGAGAAAUUUUUGGAGAUCUUGGAGAAUCCGCGAGUACAAGCUGCUGCGAAAUUCGAUAAAAAGCUACCGGAUCCUAUUGCGGCCUUGACACUCAAAGCACAAAUUCUUAGUAUGCCGAGUCAGUUCUGUCCUACAGAGGGCCCCACCUUUCUGUUAGAAGGCGUCGGCUUUCAGGAUAUAGUUUGUCUCUUCUUCAACACCUCGCAGGGUAUUCCCAUUAGGGUUGAGGCAGAUAUCGAUAGGAACAUGGAUGGGGAUUAUCAGAUUGGGGCAACAAAAGCAUUCCGAAACAAUCGUAGAAACAAGCACAUCGAGAUUAUAACAAUCGACAUUGAAAGGAAAGUCGAUAGCGCCCUGGAGGUAAUCACCGAUAAUAGCAUUCAAGACUUGGACGCACCAUGGCAAACACUUGUUGGAAGCGCUAUAUCCCCCGACUCGCCUGAGCGUACAGAUUCUCUAGGCCUGCCAUACCCAGGAGUUUCCUUGCAGGGAGGUUGGGAUAUUGCUGUCGACACAGUGGUGGUAAGAAGCACCAUACGUUUUAGAAUGCGGGACUCCGGUUAUAUUGUCGAAAUCGCCAUAUACCGAGAGUGGUGCGGCCGUGACACUGCUACCGAGCCAGAUGUCCAGGCCAGUGUUUCCAUGUUUCAUCCAGAUUGGGACGUCGAGAUGGAAUCUCUUGAGAAUACAACAAGGAUGCGGAAUUGGGAUGCGCAACUCAGGCAACUGUUCAAUAAUGGCACGGAGAGCACUCAUGGAGUCCAAGGCUUUGUCGGCCAAGUUGAAACGAUUCGAGGCUAUCUCAGUGAUGCAUCUCGCGAGUUCUUUGAGUCCUUGGUAAGCCCAUAA